UACCGCAGCGCAGCCGCCCCGCCCGGCCUCCCCGAGCCCGGCGAUGGCUCGCAGGACGCUCCGAGAGCCGCUCGCGGUGCCGGGCGGCCGCGCUCCCUCAGUCAGAGCUGGAGGUGUGAGAGUGUCUAAAAAGCAAGAAGCCAUACCUGCUGGGAGAAACACUGGGCCCAAGGGAAGGGACAAGACAAGUGUUGUCAGUAUUUCAAAAAUCCAUCACAUGGAUGUCAUGCUGCGCAAAAUAAGCCGCAAUAUCCCUGCAGCAGCGUUACAAGUUGCUCACCAAAAGCCACUGCCUGCCUUGGAGAAGUUCAUGCUGCCUAAAAGAAUUUAUAUUAUUCAACAGCCACGGAAAUGUUAAGACAUGCCUUUAAGAAAACAAAAAAAUCCCCCAAAAGUCCACCACGUUCACUUUGAAGCAAAUUUCUAUUCUAAAUAGAGUGUAGCAUACUGGUAAAAGGAUCAAAAGCUUGGCUGCCUUGUUAUCCCACUGCAUUUCUGUUGGUGACAAUAAAAUACUUUCUAAAGAGA